AUGAUAGCACGAUUCAAGCUUGCGUGCGCCUUUCUUGCGACUGCGGCUGUCGCAACAGGGCCGCUGUACGAUUAUGUGAUUGUGGGUGGUGGCACCAGUGGUUUGGUUGUCGCUAAUCGACUGUCCGAAGAUCCCAAUGUGUCCGUUGUGGUGAUCGAAGCAGGAUACUCCGUCCACGAUAACGAAAACGUCACGGCGGCAAAUGGAUAUGGAAAGGCAUUUGGGACGGAGAUUGACUAUCAAUAUGAGUCCGUGAACCAGACAUACGCCGGCAACUCGAAACAAACUCUGCGAGCCGGCAAGGCCUUGGGAGGGACAAGUACCAUCAAUGGAAUGUCCUACACCCGCGCAGAAGACGUCCAAAUCGACGCCUGGAAAGAACUCGGCAACAGAGGCUGGUCCUGGAACAGCCUGUUCCCUUACUACCAGAAAAGUGAGCAGCUGACCCGCCCCUCGCCGGAUGAAAUCGCCGCCGGGGCAUCCUAUAACGAAUCCGCCCAUGGCUACGACGGUCCGCUGCACGUAGGCUUCAACAAUAUGCAAGAAGGCAACCUGACGACGCCGCUGAACCAAACGUACGAUAAGCUCGGUAUUCCAUGGGUUGAGGAUGUCAACGACGGCCGGAUGCGCGGAUUCAAUGUGUUCCCCGAGACUAUAAACCAUGAACUAGGUAUACGUGAGGAUGCUGCAAGGGCAUACUACUGGCCGUACCGAAGCAGACCUAACCUAAUCGUGAUAACAAAGACGCGGGCGAACAAGAUUCUCUGGAGCGAUGACAACGCGACUGGUGGUGUUUCGGCGUCCGGUGUCGAGAUCCAGUCGGGCAAUAUAACCGGCGUUGUGAAAGCCAGGAAAGAAGUUAUCCUUUCUACGGGAUCGAUAAGAACCCCUACUCUAUUGGAACUUUCUGGCGUCGGGAACAAAGAUAUUCUUGAGAAACACAACAUCACUGUCCGCGUCGACCUCCCCACCGUCGGUGAGAACCUGCAAGACCAAACCAACGCCAACACAAUGGCCCUCGGAAACGGCAACUGGACCGGCGUCAAGGCCCUCGCGUACGCCUCGUUCUACGACAUCUUCGGAGAUGACGCUGAAGCAGUGGCCGGAUCCGUCCUCCAUAAACUGGCAGACUACGCCGCAAAAACGUCCGAAGCAACCGGCGGCGUCGUGAAGCAAGAAGACCUGGCAAACUUCUUCCAAAUCCAAUACGAUCUACUCUUCUCAAAUGCAGUCCCGAUGGUCGAGAUCCUGUUCAUCCCGACUCACAGCCCGAUGUUGAUCACCGAGUACUGGACCCUCCUCCCCUUCUCGCGGGGUAACGUGCAUAUCAACUCCGCAGACCCAGCCGAAAACCCAGUCAUCAACCCGAACUACUUCAUGGUCGACUGGGAUCUCCAAGCUCACAUCGGAGUCACCAAGUUCAUCCGCAACAUGUACCAAACCGCCCCACUCAGCGACAUGAUUAAGAUGGAGCGCGCCCCCGGACCAGACGUUCCCCAGAACGCAACAGACACCGACUGGGAAGAAUACACCAAGAAGAACUACCGCUCGAACUUUCACCCCGUCGGUACAGCAGCUAUGAUGCCCCGCUCGAUGGGCGGUGUUGUCAGUGACCGGUUAAUGGUGCAUGGCACUUCUAACGUGCGUGUUGUUGAUGCUUCGGUUCUGCCGUUCCAGAUGUGUGGGCAUUUGACGAGUACUUUGUAUGCGAUUGCGGAGCGGGCAUCGGAUUUGAUUAAGGAGGAUGCUUGA